UGUGUGCUCUGCAGCUGCCGCAGUACGUGCCACCGGCUUCAAGUCAAGCACCAUCGCAUAUAUAAAAACGACCACCUGCGCGCCGCUGGGGCUUAUCACCAAUACACUACUGCAUCCAUACUCAUCCAAUUGAAAGGAUUAUUACGAUCGAGGCUCUUUCACUCAUCAGGACCUGAUUUUCCUGUAACCGUGACUAGCUAGUCUUGUGCUCGUGCAGCUGGGACACAUCACACACGUACAGAGACACAGGAGAUGGGGUCUCUCAUGGCUGGCUGGGACUCGCCGGUUCUUGCCGACGACGACAAGAAAGUUAACGCGCGCCGGAACCGGUCGCUGACCAAGGAGGAAGUGGAGGCGUUCUGGAAGCAGCGUCGGAGUCGGAGGUCGUCGGAGGAAGGCGGCGGCGAGCUCGCCUCGCCUCUUUCCUCGCCGCCGGCCACCGCCACGUGGCAGGAGAGCCCGUUCGGGAGCUCGGAGAAGCCGGCGGCGGCGGCGGUCCGUGUGGACGGCUUCCUCCCGGGCGGCGGAUCCGGAGACGACGACGACGCGGCAGCUGACAGCCCCAGCAGGAGCCGCGACUGGUGGACGCGGAGCAGCUGGGCGUUCCUCAACGAGCCGCCGCAGGAGGAGCCCUCCGCCAGGGCGCAGCAGCGCUACACGCCGCAGUUCCACGUCGCACGCAUCGCCACCGGCAACGCCUGAUGACUGAUCGAUGAAAACGCCGCCGGCAACCAUGCACGCAGACGCAGCUGACCACAGGCCACGCCCGGUCGUCAAGAGGCACCGCCCCGGCGGUGCAUGUUUCAUCCAUAGUCGUCCUUUCCCCGUAUAUAUGUACAGUAGUAUGCCUAUGAUAAAUUUUUUUUUGCUACCACGGUUUCUGCCUACGAGUAUGUACUCCUUACGCAUACGUACUAUGUAUAGCAAUCUAGCUACUAUAUAUGCGUAUGUAUUUACUCCUUAGUGCAUGUGAAAAUCUCUCUGUUCAUUGUUCAGAAAAAUUACCCAUUUGUACUUGGCA